CGGACGGCGGUCGGCGGACGGGCCGUGCACAGUCGGCCAGCGAUAGUUUAACAACACACAUUCACACACGUACACGAGCCGGAGCGGAAACUCGGCGAAGUCGAGGACGUCCUAAAUAGUGUCCUUUCCUCGGCGAGCCUCGGAGUCGUCCUCGCGACUGCCACCAGUUGCGCUGCAGAGGCACAAGAAGCGCCGCGGCCGAGGAGCCCUUCGCGGCUAAAUUGGUCCAAGUGUUCCCCGCGUCAACAGAAGAGCAAGUGUGGCCAAUGGCGGCUGCAGGCAGACCUAGUAAGCCCACUUGAGUGGCGGAUCCUGGAGAGGGGUGGGGGGCCAAUCACCGACCGCGCACACACACACACACUCGUCUUAAGUAAGAAGAGGAGGGGGGCAUGUUAACCCUUGCCUGGAGGUGCGCAGUGGCAGUGCGCAGGUCACACACACACAUGGGGCCCGGGCGGCAGUAAAUCAACGCCAAUCAUCGUCUGGCUGUUGGACGAAGCACACGUGAACGGAGCCCAUCGAUCAGUGCGGAGCGUGAGGCUUGUGAGUGUGGGUGUAAGGGCAGGUGGUGUGGUGCCCCUCAGCCGUGCCCCCCAGUGCCCGCCCCCGGGUCCUACAGCUGCUGCUGCCCCGUCGUCAGGAGAACUCCACCCCUGGCUCAGUGCUUAUCGGAGACUUGUGGCGAUCGGUAGGGUGGUCGGGUCGGGACGCGCGCAGAGCCCGACCAGCCCUGGUGGUUCGUUCUCCCCAUUCAUUAAUCAUGGUGACGUAGCCAGCGAGGGUCACAGUGAGCUAUUCGCAUUGGUGCUCGCAGGUCACGUGGUAUGCUAAUUGUCGGUGCAAGGAGGAGUCAAAGCCAACGGUCGAGGCACUACUCACAAGUAAUAUUAUUUGGGUCCAAUUCACCAAAAAUUAAUGACGAUGAGUUCGUUUUUGAUGAACUCGGGUCCGUACGUGGACCCAAAGUUCCCCCCGCCGGAGGAGUACAGCCAGAACUCAUACAUUCCGCCGCAGAGUGACUACUACAACGCUGCCCAGCACUACCCCUACCAUGGCAUGCACCAAGCCCCUGGCAUGCAGUAUGGGCGCGAUGCCAUGCAGUACAACCAUGCAGGGUAUUACCAGCAGACGUGCGUCAUGCCCCAGCACCAGCCCAUGGCCGCCCACAUGAGCCCGCAGGUCGCGCCCUGCCACAGCCCCCUCCAGCAACACCAAGUGCCCCCGCGCUCGCCCGUCGCGUCCCCGGACCCCUCCGCGGGCGGCGCGGGCGGCAUGGGCGCUCAAAUGGGCCAACACAUGGGCGGGGCGGGCGUGGACGGAUCCCCCGAAGAAACCGUAACAGAGCUCGACGCGAACGGACAGCCUGUUAUAUAUCCUUGGAUGAAGAAAAUCCACGUCGCAGGUGCAGAAGGGGCGGGGACCUUAUUUGCCAACGGGUCGUUCCAGCCGGGGUGCGAGCCCAAGCGGCAGCGGACGGCCUACACGAGGCACCAGAUCCUGGAGCUGGAGAAGGAGUUCCACUUCAACCGCUACCUGACGCGCCGACGGAGGAUAGAGAUCGCCCACUCGCUCUGCCUGUCGGAGCGCCAGAUCAAGAUCUGGUUCCAGAACCGCCGCAUGAAGUGGAAGAAGGACAACAAGCUGCCCAACACCAAGAACGUGCGGAGAAAGACGAACCCCGCGGGCGUCACCACCACCGUCACGCCCAAGAACCAGCAGCAGAACCAGAACCAGACGCCCACGACGCAGAGCCAGGGCACGCCGGAGCAGCAGCACAACCAGCAGCAGCAGCAACAGCAGCAGCAACAGCAGCAGCAGCAGCAACACUCGGCUCAACAGCAGGCAGCGCAGCAGCAGGGGGCACAGCAGCCGGGGCAUCCGCCCGGCUAUCCACACAUGGGCGGCGGGAUGAUGCCGCCCGGACUCACGCCCAUCUCGGCGCCCUACCCUCACGGCGCGAUGAAGCCCGACUACGGCCUCACGACGCUAUAAGGCCGGCCGGCAGCCCCGCCUGCGUCGAGGCGCUCGCCCCGUCGGCGCCUCCUCUCGGUAGCUUUACCUUGCUCUAGUGUGAAUCCUCCUCCUCCCGGCUAAGUCACGCAGCCCCUACGCUGUCUCCGCCGCUGCUGUUGCUACUGCCGCUGCCGCCGCGCCCCCGGCCUCGCGCCUCCCGCCAGGAGCCCGAGGCCCUCUCCCUCCCCCUCCAGCCCCCGUACCACUGCUCCUGCCGGGGCGGCACCGGCUGCCGACGGCCCCGGAGCGAAGGUGUACAUAUAAGAAUCCGGCGCCGCCACGCCGGCCGGCCGCCCCCGGGAGCCCGAUCUGCCGCGGCCGGCGACCCCGCCCACGAUUGUGAAAGAUAUGAUACUUAUCUCAGGGUUGUAUGUGUUUGUGGCGCUGAGCACAAGCCUCGUGGACCGACCCGUGGCCACCGUCGCCCUUAAGUGAAACAAAACACGAAAGGAAUAAACUGUAGCUGUCGUUCCUUCCUGAAAGACUUGGUUUAUUUAGGGACAUUUUCAGAGGUGAUGAUUCUGAAGGAAUCUGCUUUCGGAGAGAUAUAGCAAUAGUAUGUUUUUUUCUCGAGUAUAUCGUGCGUAUAGUGUUCCAAAGAAAAUACUAAAAAAAUAUAAAAAUAGAAAAAAAAGGAUCAAUAAAAUAAUUCACAUCUUAAAUCUCAGUGUGUUUAUCCCAGAGUCUGAUUAAGGUGGCGUAUAUAAAACAAACAAACAAACAAACUAACAAAUACUUCUACAAAAAAAAAAACAGAUAAAGAAAAAGUAAGAACCAUCUGUCAUUUGGGAAAAAAAUCAGAAAAUACGGAGAAAACGUACACACAAUUUUUUUUUCUUCUGUCACUAAAUUUGUAACUUUAACAAUAGCCGAACACAUGUGCUGGACAUCGCGAAUACGUGACUGUACAGUGGCGUUCUCCCCCACCCCCUCUCACUCCCCAUUAACCCCACCUCCCCCGCCCCUACCACCUCUCACUCCCCACUCCCAUUACCUCCCCCUCCCUCUCUUCCCCAUUAACCCCCCUCCCCCACCCCUCUACACCUCUCGCGCACCCAGCCUCCCCUAACUAACUUGCAGGUGAUAAUCCCACUUCAAAAGAAGCCGAUUUUUGACACAUAAUUAGUCUAGGAAGUCAACGUAUGAAGCCCAAAGAGAGAGUUAUGUUACAGUUAAUCCCCGACUGCCCCUCCCAUCUACCCUCCCUUUUCCCCCUCCCCCCCCCUCUUUCCUUCUCUCUUCCUCCCCUCCCCCUCUUUCCCUCUCUCUUUCUUUUAAUCUGCCGCUCCUCCCUCUUCCCCUCCCCCCCCCUCCCCUCCUCUCUCCUUCCUUCCGCACAAAAUCUCGGUCUUUAUAUCUUUCCCUCGAAACGACUUCCUCUCUUGCCUUCCUCGAGUCUCUCAAAUAAAAAAAAAAUACCUCAACAAUCAAAAAAGAAAACUACGAUUUUUCUCAACAUUUACCAUCAAAACUUUUUAAAAAUUACACACAAAAAAAUAGAUUUAACGAAGUAAUUCCCCCCCCAAGACUUAAACGCUUCGUUACUUAUCCCAUUCACGCCCAAUGCUCAAACACCUAUUUUGACCUGACUUCUCCCUCCCCCUGACCUGACUUUUGACCUAGCCCCCCCCCCUCCCUCCCCUCUUCAAUAGGAGUUUAUGGGCUACUGGCGAAGGGACCAUGUUUAUUACUCCCCUGGGACUAUUUAGUAUUUUCCUUUGAAUUUACUCCACGAGAGAAAGAGAAAUGAUCGGGCCAUUUCAAGCUAUGUUUUUUUUUUCUUUUUUUUACAAGACGGAUGGAUUGAUUUUUCUUCCUUCCCGUUUUAGAUUUUGUUUAUUUUGGGAGAUUGGAUUAAUAUUUCGUUUAUUUGGUUAUCCAUUUGUGUAUUUAUUUAUUUUGUUUAACCCAUGUAUUUAUUUUUCUUAUUUGGGGUAACUUAUAACAGUACUAAAUGUGUAGUUUUGUAGGAUUGUGAUAUUUGUAAAUUUCGUGUAUAUCAUAUGAAGAGAAAGUGAUGUUAAUAUCCAAAUAAGAAUAGAAAAUGCCGUAAAAAACGAAUGUCACAGCUCAAACGUAUCAUAAGAAAUAGCAACAUAUAAAAUCUGGACACAUAGCGAAUACAUGUGUAUCUAUGGACGUGUGUAUGUUCAGUCCAUCUGUAAUCUUCAAGAUGCAGUAUAGUUAAGUGAAAAAAGAGACUAUUCAAAAUUCCUGGAUCUAGUAAAGAGUCUUUUGCCAAAAUGAAACAAAAAAAUCAUAGAAAGUAAAUAAUUUUGAUCUGCAUAAAAAAAAACAAUUUAUUUUUAUUUCAAGAAGAUACGGAUCUAUCAUAUUAUUUUUCUAUCGUACUACCAUUGGCCAAACAUAUUUAUUUAACUGUUUACUCUUCUUUUAUGAAUUGAUUAUGAAACAAGAAAACCCGAGGUAUCUCUUGUUUACUUAUGAAUCUCUAAUCCGAAUUAAUUGUAACAUAUACUGUGCGUGCAAUGUUCGAAUCUUUACCAAGUUAUUUUUAUUUUUUCGUCUUAAUUGUCCUUUGUAAUUUCCCGUUUCACUUAGUCUGAAAAUGAAUAGAUAGAAAUGCUUAAUAAGCAUAGAUAGAGGUUAUUAGUCGGUAAACAGGGUAUAUAUUAAUAAGGUAGUUUGCUUGUAACUUUUAUUUACCCAGGGAUUAACUUCUUUUUUAUUUUUUUUAUCGUUAUUAACAUAUAUGACUUAAGUUAGUGAAGGAGGUUCGAGACAAUAGCAGUUACAAUGACAGAUCCAAAUAUAUUUGUCUGUGUAUUUAAUUCUUUGAAAUCUUAACUGUCAAAUGCUGACAGUUCAAGAAUUUUACUGAUUUAAAUGAAUGGCUGACUAACAAAACCAUAUAUCGCCCACUUGAAUAUAUACUUUUCAAAGCGCUGUGACCAAAGACAUUCAUACACAGAUAUGCAAUGUUCAGAAAAUGCAAAACAAAAAAAGAAGUUAUACAGAACUUGAGGAAGAACACACACACACACACACACACACACAC